UACAGUCUUGAGUUUUUUUAUUUUUUCACAUUUUUUUAAAGAUUCUUUAUUUUCUUACAAUUUUGUAUAUUUUUUGUUUUUUGUGUAUCACUUUGUAAACAUUUCGGCCAAAUGGAACUGGAAGAAGCCGCAGAUGAGCCGUAUGGCUUUGACGAGUUGACGUCAUCGAAGCUUUUGUCUGCUACUACAACUAGAACGGAAGGAUCUAUAGAUUCCGAUAUCCAUGUUGACGCAAUAGGAACUAAAAAGGAAAAACAUGUACAUACUUCAAAGUAUAGAUACUGUAGUGGAUUGGAAGAGGAUGAUGAAAUUUUGUUGGAGAUUAAGGCGUUUGAAGAGGAACAGUCGUCAGAAUCAAUCGUAGAAGAAGAAGAAGUUGGGUUGGUACAUCGCUUAAGGCUUAGCGCACUGGAACAACUUGCGGCAGUGCCAGAUAUAGAAAGUAUCUCAUCAUCUUCGACAUUUGUAUAUGAAGAUUUCCACAAAGCUCGUGAAACCCAAAGUAUCGAUUCGAGAUUAAAAGGAAAAUUUGUGGAUCCACUUACAGGCCUAGAUAUAGAAGAACCAGUUAGUUCAGAUCAAACCGAAGAUUUGGAAUAUGAUUUUGUUGAUAUGGAUGAAUUUGCCGAAGAAGAAACGGAAGAACCCGCACUUACAGAUAUCACUGAAGAUAGUGAAUUAUUAGAGCUCGAAAAAUGGGAUGCUGAUAGGGAAAAAAUCGAGGAGACAAAAUUGGUGCAGCCAGAUUAUGAAAUUAUUGAUUUCGGCUUCGAUAAACAAACACCUUCAGCUUCAGAAUUGGACUUCGAGCAGGCAUUGCGGGAAGAAACACAGCGGCAAAACGAGGCAAUCGUAAAUUUAUUUGUCGAAAACUUAAUUGAUUUAGUUGUUGACACAGUUCAAUAUAAGGAUCCCCGAGAAAUACUACGUAAGUCCAUUGAUAAACGAAAAUUGAUGGAUGAGAUUAAUGAAAAGCUCGGCGAACUCGAAUCGGAACAGAUCGUGCGCGCGUGCCUCCAUCAAGGUGUAGUUAAAUAUCAUAAACGUAAAGGACUUUUUCGCGCAAUUAUGGGUGAUACACCGAAAAGUAUUGAAUAUUUCAUGGGGAAAUUUCAAGAGCAAUUGCAGAAAUACGAUGAAGUGAUGGGAAAAGAGGAAGAAUUGAUGAUGUCAACCAAAGUAGAGAAAGAGCAUUUAAAGGAGGUAGUGGUUGAGAAAGAGCGUACAGUUGAGGCAAAGGCUAAAGAAUUUGAAGAGCUUGUAAGGAAAGUGCUCUUACCGUUUGAAGGCGCAGCGAAGAAGUCACAGAAGGCCGAUAAAAAUUUUAAUUAUAGCCAAGAUAUAAAUGCCCUUUUGAAUCAGAUCAACACGGCACGUAUGGAAAUAUCCAAUGUUCGAUUUAAACUAAUCAAAAAGCAACAUUUAUAUGCUGAAUUGAAAGAAAAACUAAGCCAAAUGCAAAAAAUUGGUGAUGGACUAUGUUUGUCUCAGUUCGAAAAUUUGCAAAAUGAAGUCAAACAAUUGGGCAAGAAAACUGAAGAACGCAAUACAGAACUUUCGAGAGCGCAAAUUCGUCGUCAAUUCGAUGUGCAUAUCAGCACGCACUUGAAAGAACGCACACUAAUGAUGCGCAGUACGCUCUCAGUGCAGAAACUUUACCAUCAGACUUUGCUGGAAGACCUUGAAGAAACUCGACGUCAACUUAACAAAGAAAGGCUGCUGCGUGACCGAAUGCGUAAAGAAACCAGGGAAUGCUAUUUCCAAGGCGGCUUACUAUUAAAGCCCGCCCUAAUGCUUGACUACGACAACACUGUCGAGGAGGUGAACCAAAAGUCGAUUACUAUUUAUUUGCUGCACAAUCAAUAUAAAAAGAUAAACGCGAAAGUUGCGCAAUAUGAGAAAUUGCUUCAAUCUGGUUUCACAAAUAAAUUAAAGGUGAACGAUUGA